AUGUUCAUCCCUUUUGAAGGGUGGCUAGGCAAGAAGUCGUCAGAGCUGAGAUUAAGAACUGCUAUCAGGACAGAUGAGAGGGUACGAUUAAUGAACGAGAUUAUUAGUGGAAUCCAAGCCAUCAAGAUGUAUACCUGGGAGAAUUUUUUCACCUCGCUCAUAGAAAAAGCAAGAAAGAAAGAAGUUAAUAUCAUUCAAUGGGCGUCAUGUGUCAGAGGUAUCGUCAAGUCUUUCAUCGUCUUUAUGACAAGAAUAUCGUUGUUCAUUAUGAUAAUGUCUUAUAUUCUGUUUGGCUACAAGAUAACGACCGAGAAGGUGUACGCGAUAACUGCCUACUAUAACAAUUUAAGCUUAAUCAUGACUGCCUACUUUCCGCAAG